AUGGACAACGCGAACGGCACCCUGAAGGCCAAGGCAUCGCGGGCGGCAAAUGGCAUCAAUGGCGCCAUCAAGUCUCCGAUCAACGGCCACGCGAUAGGCCCCAAGACGAAGGAGAAGCUCCGUGGGCCCGGCAUGCUCGCUAGAACCUUUAGCAUUGCUGCACGGUUACUGACGUGGUACUCCAUCCUGUCGAUCCUUUUUCGGUGCCCGGCCACCCUCGAGGCCUGCGACGACACAUCUCCGCGCAUCUGCAAACCCUACUUUCAGCUCAAACACGCCCUCGUGCCCCGCGUCGAGCCCUACUAUGACACAUACGCAGCGCCGUACGUCGAGCUAGUGCGGCCAUACUACAACACGGUCGACCAGACCGUCAUCACGCCCACCUGGAGCUAUGCGAAGCAGUACGGCGGCCCGCGCGUGCAGCAAAUCCAAGCCUUGGGCACCGCCCAGUGGAAAAAAAGCGUCCAGCCCCAGAUUGAGAAGUACCAGGGCCUCGCCAGGGCGCAGUACAACGAGAAGCUGGGACCGCACAUCGACCGCGUCUCGGAUGCCUUUGGGCCGUACUACGACAUUGCGCGGACCAACACCCUACAGACUUACCACGAGCUGCUGGUGCCGACAUACCUGUACUUGCAGCCGCAUUUGCACGAAGGCUACCGCGCGGCCUCGGCGUUCACGGGCGACACCGUGGUGCCGGUAUUUGUCUGGACUUGGAACAAGACGUAUGCUUUCCUGGACGGCACUGUCGGGCCGCAGAUCAGGGCCGUCUACGUGGAAAACGUCGAGCCCCAGCUUGUUAAGAUCGGCAAGCGGCUGGGCCGCUACAGCACCACCGGCAAGAAGUCCGUCCCGAAGCCGCCGACCGACUCCUCGACGAGCGCCUCGACCAAGACUACCUCUUCGUUCACCAAGCCUGCCGUCUCGGUCACCACGGCUCCCACCCCGACGGCGUCCGUCAGUGCGGCCAACACGGAAAAGGGGUACCCCUCCCCCGACUCUGCCCGCCCUAGGUCAACGAUGGAGCCGAUCCCCCCGCCGGAAGUCGACGAGAAUCUCGAAAACGAAGAUCCUUCACGCCGUGAAACCCGGGAAAUCGUGGCGGCUGAUCUCAAGGACUGGCAAGAGCGGUACGCCAAGGCCGCCGAUGAGGCUGCCGCUGAGAUUGACGAUCGCGUGCAAGAAAUUGCCAACAGGAUGAUCCAGCGGAAUGCCAGGACCACGGGCAAGUCGCACUUGGAGCAACUGCAAACUAGCGCCAUCUCGGAGCUUGUGAACCUCCGCCGCGCCAUCCAGGGGAUCGUCGGGACCGUGAAUAAAGGCGGCGCCACUCCUGAGGAGGCUCAGGAGCAAAUCGUCAAGGUUGUCCGACGGGCAGGCAUGGCGGUUAAGGAGAAGGGUCAGGCCGUACGCACAUGGCGCGAGAGGUACGAGAUCGAGAUGCAGCGCUCCGUCACGCAAGCCGCCGAGACCCACUUUGCCAUCCUCGAGAAUAUUCGCGAUCUGGCCCUCCAGAAGAUCGGCAUGAAGUGGGCGUGGACCGACGGGAUCACGUACAAGGACUGGGCCAAGUACCACCUUCUCAAGGGUCGCUUCGACGAUUGGAAGAGUGAUCUCCAAAACCACGUCAUCAGCCACCCGAGUCUCGAAGCCGCCCAGAUCGAGGCCGCGAACAUCGAAGACGAGGCGAUGGGCGUUGCUUCCACGACCGCCAAGGAGCUCGCCCGCCUGAAGCAGGUCGCCAACUGGAAGCUGGCGGCCGGCGACGACACUCCGGAGUUUGACAGCACCCUGAUGGAGCAAGCCGCCGAGGCUGCUGCUCAGGCGGCGACGAACGUUGCGGGGGAUGCUGAAGCCUCGGUGGUGGAGCAGGCCGAGGAAGACAGCGGCCAUACGCCCGAGGCUACCCAGGCCAUGAUGGAGCCGCAGGAAACCGAGCAGAAAGAUGAGGAGGGCACUUCUACUGCCUUGGGGACUUCGAACCCCUCAUCCGAGCCUGCCGUUGAGGCUUCUGUGGUUCUCGAGGACUCGGAGGCCAGCCCAACCGACCCUGCCCGUGCCGAAGAGGCCCCCGAGCCGGAAGUAGAAGCAGAGGCUGAGCCUGUGGCUGAAGCGCCGGAGGAACCUUCCAGUGUUGUCGAACCCACCUCCGAGCCGACCCCUGGCGUCGUCGAUCAGCCCGAGAUCGCCUCGAGCAUGGUCUUUGAGACUCCCGUGGUGGUUGGCAACUUCACCGAGCAGGUGGACGAGGGCAAGGCCGCUUUUGCGGAGUUGCCCGUCGAGGAUUCCGCCGAGGAUUCUGCCGAGCCUGACCGCGAGGACAUUCAGUCCGAUGAAACGGGCCUGCCUGUCUCCGACACUGCCACUGUGAAACCGGCGCUUUUCGGUGCCGCCGCUCAGGUCGUCCCUAACCGUAAGCCGAUCCUCGAUGACGACGAUGAAGAUACGCUGGACGAUGUUUCGGCGGCCAUGGACUCGAUGCGCGAGGACCUCAAGUCAGCAUACACCUCGGCCAUGUCGCGUGCCAACGACCAAUACUCGCAAGCCUUGUCGAUCGUGUCCGUUCAGAUCCGAGGUACCCCGAAACCUGCCCACGAGAAACUGUUGGCCUCUGUCACGGCAGCAUACAGCAACGCCAUGGCCUCUGCGAGUACCCGUCUCGACGACGCCAUCAAGGCCGCAUCCAACCAGCUGUACGGCACUACCACGACAAACGCCGGUGCAUUGCCCACUAUGCUCCGGGCUCCCCAGAUCCCAGGCGUGGACUGGGCCCAGGUAGUGGCUAUCGCCUCCGAACAACUGCAGCAAGGCCGUGCGUGGGCCCAGGAGGAGUACGAGAGCGCCAAGACCGCUAUUGGCCUAACCACCACGGCUUCAUCGCCCCCGUCCACGCCCGAGAAAAUCAGCAGGCUGCUCGAUAACGCGCGCCACAAUUAUUAUGCCGGGGUCGGUCUGGCGCAUGAACGGUACUCCGAGUUUCUCAACGCCGCCAGCUCGGCCCUGAGCUCCGCGACCGCUGCCCCCACGCCCACGGACCUGGCCGGUUCCGCCUCUUCCGCGGCUUCUGUGGUCGGCGAAUCGGCAGCUUCCGCGGCCUCGGCCGUGAGCGACGGUGCAUCUUCUGCCCUGUCCGCUGCUGCUGAGGCUGGCUACGACACAGCUGCAGCUGCAGGUGACAAGGUCGCCGAGAGCUGGGACGUGGUGGUCUCCAAGAUUAGCAUCCAGGUCUACGGCGCCCCGGCACCCACCGGCUGGUACCCGAGCGCCCUGAGCGCUGCCGGCGAGGGCGGGGCCGCCGUCACCAGCGCCGUUGACGCCUACGCCUCGGCGGGGUCCAACGAAAUCGCCAAGCAAUACUCGGCCGUGAGCAGCAUCAUGUCCGAAGUGCUCGUCGGUAAGGAGCCGUCCUUCUCCGAGAGCGUCAUCUCACGCCUAAGCGCGGCCUACGCCACCGGCCUAUCGUCGGCGUCCAGCGUCGCGGACGCCGCCCAGGCCACUGCUGCCUCGGCUGCGAACCAGGCCGGUGAGGCCGUCCGGAGCGUCGGUGACGAGGUGGCCAGCGCCGCGAGCGACGCCACCGAUACCGUCAAGGACACAGCGGCCAGAAUCAAGGAUGAGUUGUGA